GCCGUGGUCCAUCUUUACUUACCUACAUGCACCUUACAUGCAAAACAUAGUGAUAGGUAAAUCCCCAUAUACCUCAUCAUUUGGUACCCAGCACUCAUUCAAUGAAUCGUAACGAAAGAUUGUCGUUGUGACUUACUGCACGUACUAUCAAUCUAGGUACAUGCAUGCGGGAUGCCACAUGUACCACUUCAGCGCUACACUGGGGCAUGAUAUACCGAUGACAUUCCACCUUCACGGAAUUAGCUACAUACUACAUACCUAACCUACUCGGACUCCAACCUGCAUCUUGAGAAUCUAUACCCUUUUCCCUCACUACUAGAUUUCGAAACUGUGCGACACCUCUCUCUCGGGACGACUUUAUCAGAUUCCUGGGUUUAGUUUCUACAAGCACGCCAACCACGCGGCCAUUUGCGCUAGUCAAGAUCUUGAGAAUCACGAUAGACAAUAGACGAAAGCAACUACCGCCCUAUCUUGUCGUUUUACUUCGAGUGAUGAUAAAUUCAUAGUCCCGAAGCAUUGGCCAACACGUCUCUCCAUAUAUAGCGCCUUGAGCGCCAACAUCACCCCCCAAAAUGGAGCGCAGGCACGACCAUGGCUCCACGAAUCCCUUAUUCACACCGACGAACGAGGCCUUCGCUCGGGGCUAUUGGUAUAUCGUCGCUGGCGUCGUGUUCUUACUAGCAGUGAUUCGAGGAAUCAACCUUCUCCAGAAUACACUUAGACUUCGUAGAUCUAGAAUUGCUUCUGUUCAGUAUCCCACGAAACCAUCUAACAAGUUGAUGCAAGUAUGGGCAACCUUGACGGCCGUAGGGCGGGAGAUGAGCUAUCCACAACUCUACGUGCCCGUCCGAUACCUGUCUUGGUUAACCCCUCCUCCUCUCGGCCGUGUCCUCGUGAUGCUUGUCUACUGGGCCGUCAUCAUCUAUAUGAUGGUCGCCGGAGCUGUGAUUGAUGACGUUUAUUUCUGGGAACGCAUCGGUUAUCGGAAUGCCUGGGUUACGGUGACCCAAGUCCCGUUGCUCUAUCUUCUUGCGUCCAAGACCAACACAAUAGGAUUGAUUAUUGGCACGAGCCACGAGCGGUUAAAUUGGCUACAUCGAUGGGUUGCUCGGACCAUGUUCAUUACAGCCACCGUUCACGGUUUCCAUUUCUGGUCUGAGUGGCUUUAUUAUGAUAUUCUACAAGUCGAGCUGGACACCCUAUCCACCAUUGUGCCUUAUGGUCUUGGUGCAUGGGCUAUACUACUCUGGAUGACCAUCACGUCUUUCAAGCCAUUCCGGUCCAUGGCCUACGAAUUCUUCGUCAUUCAGCAUGUCCUAGCGGCGGUCUUUUUCCUGUACGUGGUGUACGUCCAUGUUCCCGUUUCUGCGAGGUAUAACGUUUGGUUCGCCAUCGCUGCCAUCUCUUUUGACCGAGCUUGUCGCCUUGUUCUGCUGUUGUGGCGCAAUGUGAAGUUCGAGCCAAAGAAGACAUGCUGCAAGGGUGGGCAGCGGCUUGGCUACGAAACCCAACUUACCGCCGUUGGAACCUCGACUACGGUCCUAACUAUCUCGAAUGUGCACUUUGAGUGGUCUGCUGGACAGUUUGUCUAUAUAUGGGUUCCUCGAAUUGGACUAUUUGAAACACACCCUUACACUAUCGCUACUUCCCACCCUCUACCCGGCACUUGUAUCUGCAACAGUAUCCAAUUGGUAGUACGAUCUCACGGUGGAUUUUCGAAACGGCUUAAUCAGUUCGCCCAGAAGGCUGAAGCUGCUGGUACAAAGGAGACGGUGACGACCUUCAUGGUUGGCCCUUACGGCACACCUCCACGCUGGGAUAUCUUUGAGACACUAAUUCUCAUUUCAGCAUCGACAGGCACUUCAUUUACAUUACCAAUACUUGACAGUCUCCUUGCAUCAAAAGGUACGAAUUGCACCAAGCGGGUGGACUUUUUAUUAGCAGCAAAGCAGGGCGAAGAGGUGGGAUUUUAUCACGAACGGCUUCAUGAAGCCAUAGACAAAGCACAGUCGAUAGGCAUUGAUCUCACGAUCUAUAUUGCUGUGACAGGAAAUGGACAACUAGAAACAAUAAGUCCAGGAUCUACUCCCUCAAACCCUAGUACGGAAAAGACGAUGGGACAAACCGGGACCGGAAACGCAACAACGCGGGUCGAGUCAUUUUCUGAAGGCAGGUUAACACCUCGAAAACGACUCUCACAAAGCAGUGUCGAUUCGCACAUGUUUUACUCGGCGGCCAGGCCCGACGUUGCAAGCCUCAUCAGAGAGGCGGUAGAAGCAACAGGAGGUGAGACGGGCGUAGUGGUGUGCGGUGGGCAGUCUCUAGUGGCGCAAGUAAGGACGAGCGUAGCAAAGCUGAGCGAUGAGCGAGCAGUACAUAAGGGCACUGGGGCCCAAGGCAUUCAUCUACACGUUGAAGAGUACAGCUUCUAGGUUCACAUAGGAGCUGGAAGACUCGCACAAUACCUGCUUACACUAGAUACCCGUUUCACGUAUAUACCGGCAUAGCGCAUCGAUUGUGCUUGCCAUAUCCUCUUUCUUAAUAAUGCCGGAUUGGUCAAGAUAUAAUAUAUCAGAUGAAAAUCGAUAAGCUGUUGUUUCAUUUGGAUUAGAGGGAUCUAGCUGCCUGGGCGGUAGCGUAUUUAGACGCAAUGAUAGUUUGAUCGAUGAAUGAAAUGACUAAAUGGAAUCAAGACAGCGAAAAGUAUCAUGGCAUUAGCAUAUAGGUUACUCUCAGGUUCAUCUUGGUCACUGGCGCCAGAAAAGACAAUAUUUUGUCUAGAGCUAGAUGUCCAAAGAAACAACACAAGUGCUCAACAGGUUAUGAACAUUGAUAGUUCUAUGACGACCCCAUGAAAUAUAUGAUCAUGAUGGCGG